AGGAAGCCGAGAAGAUUCAACGACAGGUCCUGGAACUUCAGAUCGAGAUUCUACGAUCACAAGCUAACCCCUAUUCUAUCAUUUUAUGAUGAGAAUAGCACUUCACACUCCUCGAGCCAACCCGCCUUCAGUCCCGAGACGAGUACCAUAAUGGAGCCACCAGUUCGACAUAUUGAAACGGAAACCGAGCACCCGAAUUAUCAUAUAGAGAUCCAUCUCAUCUUGAUCUCCUUUUAUUCUAUAGUAUAUGGCCUAUAG